UAAAAUAAACUUAUAUUUUAAACCUAGUUUAAUGCAUUUUAAUAUUUUUUUUCCAAGGAUGUUGUGAUCGAUGGAAGCGUCCCUGCUGCACACUCAGGGAUGGAAGCGUCCCUGCUGGAUGAUGUAGAUGAACAGGGAGACAUUGCUUGUGACAUGACCGUUGCAAAGAAAAUGAAAAGUGCGGCCGCUGACGAUGGUGGUUCAGCAAAGGACGAUGAGAGAGGAGACCAUCAAGGCAAAAUCUGUGGCUAAUUCGAAAAUACAUAUUGUCAAGUUGAAGUGGGCGGACAAACGAAAUACAUUGGACACAGCUAUUUAUCUUAUGCGAUGUUUGGAGAACUUCAUGGGAGAUAUUUCAUCAAAUUGGAAGUGUGACAUGUACAACGCAAGUGCACGCCAAUUAUCUCGAAUGCGCGUGAGGUAUUGCUCGUCCAUAAUAUCAUGGAAUGGGAAUGAUAAGAAAAAAGAGAUUCAGGAGACUGCUGCAAAAGAAUAUCAUGAGAUUUGUCUUGAUCCAUCUGUUAACAUAAAUUCAUUAUUGGCCGGUUGAGUUAGCUUCAUUUUUACGGGAGUUUAAUUAUCUAGAUUUUUGGACAUAUUUUAAUUAUCAGUUUUCCAACAUU